AACUCCCCAGAAGGCUCUGACAGAAAAUGGACGUAUUUAAAUGUGCCUGAAACAGACGGUGAUACUACUAGUAUUAACAGCAUGCUGAGCGUCUAUAGUGAAACUGGUGACUAUGGCAACGUGAAGGUCAGCGGCGAAAUCCUUCUCAACAUCAACUAUAUCUACAAAACAGGUGCCCUCAACAUCCUGGUAAAAAGUUGCAGAAAUCUGGCCGUUGGAGAUGAGAAGAAGCAAAGGACUGAUCCAUACGUCAAAGCAUACCUUCUGCCUGAUAAGUCCCGCCAAAGUAAACGCAAGACCAAAAUUAAAAGUAACAGCACCAAUCCAGAAUUUAAUGAAACACUGAAGUACGUCAUCAGUCACACACAACUAGAAACCAGGACCCUGCAGCUUUCCGUCUGGCACUAUGACAGAUUUGGACACAACAGCUUCCUUGGGGAGGUGGAAAUUCCAUUUGAUUCCUGGAACUUUGAAAAUCAGGGUGAUGAGUGGUUUGUGCUCCAGCCCAAGAUGGAGGUUGCAACAGAUGUUGGGCUUCAGUAUAAAGGAGAACUAACAGUUGUUUUACGUUACAUUCCCCCAGACAGAAACCUAAUGCUUCCUCUAGGGCAGUUUCAAGGAAAGAAGAGCUUUAAAAAAGGAAAAAAGGGAGAUUCUCACAUGUCGUCUGGAGGUAUUUUAGAAGUCCUCAUCAAAGAAGCAAAGAAUUUAACAGCGGUGAAAUCAGGAGGAACAUCUGACGCUUUCGUGAAAGGAUACCUGCUCCCAGAUGACAGCAAAGCUACAAAACACAAAACUCCCAUAAUAAAAAAGAGUGUGAACCCCCAGUGGAAUCAUACUUUUGCUUUCAGUGGCUUGAAUUCAAGGGAUAUACGUAACGUCUGCCUAGAGUUGACUGUGUGGGACAAGGAGUCACUCUCCAGUAAUAUUUUUCUGGGAGGUGUCCGUUUGGGCACUGGAAACGGUGUAAGUAAUGGCAAGGAGGUUGACUGGAUGGACUCUCAAGGGGAAGAACAGCACCUCUGGCAGAAGAUGAUUGACAGUCCAGGAGCUCCUGUGGAGGGGAUAUUAAUGCUGAGAUCCAGCAUGGGAAAACGCAGACUCUGA